AAAAAUGAAAAAUAUUGCUUAAAUCUCAAACUUUAAAAAGAGAAAAAAAUGGUGGCCCUGUCACAUGCUGUCCAAGAGCUCUCUGUAUUUCAAUCGACCCCACUUACCUGGCUGCAACUCCUCCAUGGACCCCCACAAUAUGGCAGGAGCGUGUUCAUCACCAUCCUUUUUAGGCGAGUCGAAGACUCAGUCCCGCUUUUUCUGCAGUCCUCUCUUUCUUGCUUUUUUUUUCUUCUCACUUCACGCGACAUACACAAAUCUCCAUUCCACCUCCAUUCCUCCUCUUCUCUUUUGCUCUCACAGCUUACUCGUUGACAGUUACUAAUCUCUCCCUUUGGUUUGGUUACCUGUUAUUAUAUUUUUUUUUGCUUUUUUAGCUUUGGCUGGGCCCCUUACUCUGCCAGUGCCAGCAAAACCAACAGGGGUGCAACUGCUUCUUAUUAAAUCUUUAACCCAUCGCUCUCUACUCAUCAAAUCUCCCUCCCUUUCCGUUCCCUUUGCUAUUUGUUUCCUUGUUACCCUCCAGCUUCUUCUUUGGGUUUUUUUCUUUGUUAUGGCGGAGGUUUUAAACGACGGCGAGUUUUGGCUUCCUCCUCGAUUUUUAACCGACGAUGACUUAGUAAUGGACGGGGGUAAGGCUAAGAACAAUCCGAAUAAUCUUAAAGAUGGGUUUGGGUUAGAUCUUGAUGGGCCCAGUUCUUUGUUUCCUUACGAGUUUCCUAACCGGUUUGGGUCUUUGGGGUUCUCUCCUGAUCUAAGUUCUCCUGUUGAGUCCGUGCUGGGUUCUAUAGAAACGGAGAGUGACGAAGAAGAUUAUCUCGCUGGGUUAACUCGUCAAAUGGCUCACUCUACUCUUGAAGAGGAUUUUCGCCGAAACGACCGCGCGUUUGCCUCUGAAAACCCGAAGGGUUGGGUCUUGUCCAGUUCGCCGCAAUCGACCCUAUGUGCGUUAAGGAGCGGUUGCGGUUGCAAGCAAGGAUCUAGCCGUGGAAGCACAAACUGUCAAUCUCGAGUUUCAUCAUCACUGGGAACAUGGGAUCUACUGUAUGCGGCAGCAGGGGAAGUAGCAAGGAAGCGAAUGAAUGAAGAAUCAUACUGUGGGUUGAACAACAGAGGCCUCUUGGAUCCACCACUAACAAAACCCUGUCCAAACCUCAAUGUUUCUGGCUUUUAUCCUCCUCACCAGUCACUUUCUCACCAGAAGUUGCAGGAAACUCAAGUUCAGCAACUGAAGCAACAACAGCUAAUGAAACAACAAAGCGCAUCGGUUUGGGGAGGACAGAAGCAGCAGCUGCAUCACCAUGUGGUCCAAAACAGAGGGAGGAAUAGUAAUAGUAUUAGUAAUAGGCCUUUGGGUUUGUCCCCAUCUGCAUGGCCCCCUCUACAGCAGCAACCCCAGCCGCAAAACGGGUCCGGUAUGCGGGCUGUUUUCUUGGGCAACCCUACUGGUAGAAAGGAAUGUGCUGGAACCGGUGUCUUCUUGCCUCGCCGUAGUGGUACCUCUUCUGAACCCCGCAAGAAGCCAGCUUGUUCUACGGUCUUGCUUCCAGCUAGAGUGGUUCAGGCCUUGAACUUGAAUCUUGAUGAGAUUGGUGCUCAACCCCGGCUUCAUUUCGCUGCUGAUAGUGAUGCUGCUUUGAGGCUUAGAAGUGGUGGGAAUGUCUUUGCAAACCAGAAGCAGCGCAAUUUUAGGCCACAGCAAGGAAUCAGCAAUGAUGUCCGGUUACCUCAGGAGUGGACAUAUUGACCCAACUUUGCUUCUCAUUGUUGACUGAUUCUGUUGGGUUUUUUUUUUUUUUUUGGGAGUUUUAGCAAAUGGGGAGGAAUUUUAAGUUCAGAAGCAAGAAAGUGGAGGUUGUUAGAUUGUUUGUUAUAGGGAAAUAGUAGUGUAGGGUUAUAGGUUUUAAGGAGAAAGAAAAUGUGGGUUAUUAUUAAGAAAAUGAAAAUGAAAUGGGUUUUUGGGUUAGGCCUAGGAUAAAAUAAACUAGUUUCAGGAAAAAGUGAAUGGUGUAUAGCGCAGCCAGCAGCUUUUGUUCAAUUUGGUUGGGCUGGAGGAAAAAACAGUCAGUUUGGGAGAAAUAUACAAAAGGGUUUACUCUUUUGUAAUCUGGGAUUUCGGUCAAUAAGUUUUGAAUUUUGUUGAAAAUGAAAUGUUAAUGGAAUGAAUGGGGUUACAAUAUCCCCCAUCUUUUGCAGAGCAUGACUCUUUGGCGCAUGGGUGAUCUGAUUAAAUUUAUUAUUACUGUCUUUCUGAUCUUGUUAGAAUUUUACCCUUCCAACCUGUCAAACCCACUCAAUUGCCGUCAAAGUAUUAAAAAUUAAAAAUAAUAUUUCAUUUAAAAUUAAAACAAAAGUUGUGAAAACGAAACUUAAAAGGAUGUGUAUACGGGAAAAAUGUUGAAUUUUCUUUAGGAGGGAAGCGCACAUGAUAUUGGCAGUAGCUGUUGGUGAGUAAGAUGGGAGUGGACCAAAGCUUAAGUUUACUUGCACGUGUCAAACAUUAAGGUUACCUUCUAUGCUUUGCGAUCUUUUCGUAUCCUUUCUCUUUGUUGAAGGAAGUAGAGAUUGUUUCUUGCUUUUAAUUUUUACCCUUCCUGGAACUCGUCUAUCCAUUCACGGCGUAGAACGGUAAAAAUUGCACUCAAAGCGUGGCCCUAGCACCGCCUAGCCAGCAUGCACCAGCUGCUGACGAAUUUGGCUCAACCACGUCCUGAGCCAUGCACCCAUCGCGGCUAAAACCCAGAUGCUGAUCACCACUUUUAUACGUGCCGGUUAUUUCAAGCACCCAAGUUCACGUAUGUUGCGCGUGUACGUGUGUUUUAGGUCGGCUGAUGUGUCCCUAGUGGUGGUGGUGGUGGUAGAGUAGUGCUGGAUGUGAGUGUGCGUCACAUUACAUGUUGUGGGUUUUGGGUUUUAUUUGAGUAUUCGUCUACAAUUUCUGCUAAGCCCUAAAUUUUUACGUUUCUUUUUAUAUUUUUCAUGUUUGAAUUUCCCUUUUCUUUCAUGAUUUUUGGCGUUGAUUAUUGAUAUGGGAUCGUACCAGAUUUUGAUUGGGAAAACCCAACAGAAUAUGAUCUUUUCAUUCUAGUUUUGCUGAUAUUUUCUUCUAGCAAUGACGACCCUUCAUCCAUGAUUUUUUCAAUAAAUUUGAAGGGAUAAAGGCUGUACAUAUAUUACUGUUUAUCAAAUCUUGGUACUUUUUUUGCUAUCACAUCCACUCUGUCUAUUCCCUAUCUAAGCUAUGGCCACCCAUGAAAACAGUUUCUAAAAUUGACUCAGCUCGUACACCACCCAUACCUUCCCCCGAAAAUUAAUGAAUUUGGAAUUGAACUAUCUCAACCUUAAAGCUAUUGCUUUAGCAAAGGUAUUGCCCUUUGACGGAUGGCUGAAUCGGCUGAUAAAACAGAAACCAACCCCAUGUGAAGGCUGUAAAAUUAUCAGGAUAUACCACCGAAGAAGAUUUAUGA